GAGUCCAUGUACGACAGCUGACAAACACGUUCCGAAUACUACAUGUAGUAUGCACCUGGUGUUUGACCUGGUUUGGGUGUGGAUGUGCAGACGAAAUCCAAAUCCGAAAUAAAACAGAAAGGCAGCCAGCUGCGUCCAGCAGAUGUAACUACCAGUGCCUAUAGGCUAUACUAUAGGCUACAGCAGUACAGGAAUUACUUUUCUACCAAGUACACUGUAGUUAGUUUAUGCCAACGAUUGACUUCUCCUUUGAGUACUGCUGCUCAGAAAACACACAGACUUGUCAGAGUAACCCAGUCCAGGCCUGCAGGGGAGGUGAAUGACUUAUUUGCAGCAAUGGCCAGCCAGAAUGAGCAGCUAGCAGGUCAGCAUCGGGAUCGUCCACCUCCCAAAUCAUCUGCAGCAAGCAAAAUUGAAAUGCAGCAGUUGGUGCUGCCGCGGGAUGCAAACGUCGAUGGUGAGCAGCUCCAUCCUGGACAGCUUCUCAAGUGGAUUGACGUAGCUGCCUGUCUUUCAGCCGAGCGUCACUGCGAUAAAUCCUGCGUUACAGUCAGCAUGGACGGUGUCUACUUUGAUCGUAUUCCACGAGUUGGUAACAUAGUCAUCCUGAAGGCACAGGUGACCAGAGCUUUCGACAGCAGCAUGGAGGUGCUGGUGCUGGUGACCAGUGAGGACAGAUGUAACCGUGUGUCCAUGCCCGUAUGCAAGGCGUACCUGACAUUCAUUGCACGUCUGAAAGAGAAGAAGAAGAUCAAGCUGCCCCUGGCCUUUCCAGAGACUCAAGAUCGUGCAGAGUAUCAUCUUGCCAGCGAGCGGCGAGCAACCAGACUGAAACUUGCCAACACGAUUAAAAGCAGAGCCGACAGGGGUGAUGUGUACUCGAUCCCAGUGACGUCCAGUGUUCCUCACAUGCUUCGCGAGCCUACACUGGACCGUCAGUAUUCACCUCCUCCACAAAGCCGUAGUAUUGAGUACUCGCAUCAAACGCGGGUUUCCAGCAUCGAACUUGUUUUGCCACAGCACGGAAACCAUCACCAGUCAGUCACAUUCGGAGGACAGAUAAUGGAGUGGAUGGCAACGGCAGCUUUCAUUGCAGCAAGCCGUAUGCUUCCGAGCAUUCCUGUACUGCAAGCUAUUGACAUUGUGCGCUUCCGAGCUGAGUCUCAUGUUGGCGAUCGAGUACAGAUCCAGGCGCAGGUGAAUCGCUCUUUUGCUGACAGUGUGGAGGUGGGCUGUAGAGUGGAGGCAAGGGACGUAGGAGAGGCCUGCCCGCGGCACAUCAACACGUCUUUCCUGUCGUUCACUUGUCUGAACCUCGACCGUCCGAGCCGGCGUCCGAGCGCCGAGCCGCGUCGUAGCAGCCUGGCUCCGAGCGCCGAGCCGCGUCGUAGCAGCGUGGCGCGAAUACUGCCAAGCCCUGAUGACCCGGAAGAUGUCAGGCGCUUCGAGGAAGCAUUGGUGCGGUACCACAUGCGCCUGGAGAGAGCGUCGUUCCUCAAGUCAAUCCAGAACGGUGCGCAAGCUGCUCCGACUUGGUCUAAAGCCAUUGCGGAAGAGCUGAUCCUUUCCAACUACGAACGUGUCACAAAGUGGAAUCUGGUGGAGGAUUGGCAUCUCCUGGUUGAAGACCCCGAUAUUACAAUGUCUAAACACCAGAGUGGCGAUGAGCUGUGCAUGCAGCUACGCAUCCAGGUCAACAACUCAGCACAGGAGGUGUUUUCCAGGGUCUGCAAUCCCAAGCUGCGUAGCCAGUGGGACGUCCUCUGCAAAUCAUUUGAUGUUGUUGAACAGUACACGGAACAAGAUGCUAUUCUUCAUGUUCACUAUGCUCCUCGUCCUGGCCAACAGAAAAACCAGGAUUUUGUCGUGUUGAUGUCGGCACGCACACCACACGCCGAAGGGGAUGCAUUCACGGUUUGUUUCCGAUCAGUACGCCACCUCAAGUAUCCACCUACGGAAAACGCUGACCGGGGCAUUAUGACCUGCUCUGGGUAUGUGAUUGAGCCUGCUGAACAGGACAGCGAUGCAUGUCAGCUCAAUAGCAAUAUGUGUCAGCUCACUUAUAUUCAAGAGGUAUCGUCCGACUCGCUGUCCUACUUUGCUGGAGAUUUAAUGGGUAUCUCCAAUCUCCUGGUGCACCUGGGGAGAAGCUUGUUGAACUUCCUCAACGCUUGAAUCAGUCCUUCCUGCGUGUGGUGAUGGGUGUUGUCGUCACUUUAGAAAUCCUCGAACCUGAUCCAAUUUUGUCCAAAUGCAUUGCUGCACGUCUGGCACAGUCCCUAUUGUAUUAUCUGUUCCUGAUGUGGUGCUGAUGGAGGUACUAGGUAUUCAUCCACCCCUUUUUAAUCGCUCCUUCCUGCAUGUGUUGAUGGGCUAUGCCAUCACUUUAACAACUCCCCGAACCAGAGCGACGUUGUCCGAAUGCGUUUUCAGCUAAGCAUGCUGCGCGUGCUGAGCAAGCCAUUAUUUUUGUUCUCGAUAUCGUGCUGCCGGAGGUAUUCAUCCGAGAAUGUGGCGGCAGCCAUUACCUUCACUAACGUUUUAGUUUUUACUGAGAAUGUGCACAUUACCUUCACUAACGUUUUAGUUUUUACUGAGAAUAUGCACAUUACCUUCACUAACGUUUUAGUCUUUUAACUGGUUUGAGGGAGUUUUAGUCUUUACUGAGAAUGUGCACAUUACCUUCACUAGCGUUUUAGUUUUUACUGAGAAUAUGCACAUUACCUUCACUAACGUUUUAGUCUUUACUGAGAAUGUGCACAUUACCUUCACUAGCGUUUUAGUUUUUACUGAGAAUAUGCACAUUACCUUCACUAACGUUUUAGUCUUUACUGAGAAUGUGCACAUUACCUUCACUAACGUUAGUCUUUACUGAGAAUGUGCAGGCGCCAGCUAUUACCUAACGUUUUAGUCUUUACUGUGGACGGUCAUGGCUGCAUCACAGGAAAACACUUUUUAAACAAUUUUAACACACCGGAGAUAUGAGUUCUGUGUAACAACUAACACAUAAUAUUUUCUACAUACGUUGCUAUACUGAGUAACAUUUGAUUUGAUUUUGUAGCUAGAAACACUAGUUUCAUUCAACUUGUAGCGGAAUUUGUUUAGGGAGCAUUUCAUGCCUUGUAUUUGUAGAUCUACAGUGAGUUUUUGAUGAAUACAUGCCAAUUUUUUCUAUUAUUUUCUGCUGGGUUCUGGAAACCUAGCAUGAUGCUAGAAGUAAUAACCUGUGCAAGGCACAUUUCUCCUAUGAUAGUUUCAAUGAUUGUCCACGAGCUA